CAGCUCCUCCGCCACGCCUGGCAGCAGCUCCCCCGCCACGCCAGGCAGCAGCUCCCCGCCACGCCUGGCAGCAGCUCCCCACCACGCCUGGCAGCAGCUCCCCGCCACGCCUGGCAGCAGCUCCCCGCCACGCCAGGCAGCAGCUCCCCGCCACGCCUGGCAGCAGCUCCCCGCCACGCCUGGCAGCAGCUCCCCGCCACGCCAGGCAGCAGCUCCCCGCCACGCCAGGCAGCAGCUCCCCGCCACGCCUGGCAGCAGCUCCCCGCCACGCCAGGCAGCAGCUCCCCGCCACGCCUGGCAGCAGCUCCCCGCCACGCCAGGCAGCAGCUCCCCGCCACGCCUGGCAGCAGCUCCCCCGCCACGCCUGGCAGCAGCUCCCCGCCACGCCAGGCAGCAGCUCCCCGCCACGCCUGGCAGCAGCUCCCCGCCACGCCAGGCAGCAGCUCCCCGCCACGCCUGGCAGCAGCUCCCCGCCACGCCUGGCAGCAGCUCCCCGCCACGCCUGGCAGCAGCUCCCCGCCACGCCGGGCAGCAGCUCCCCGCCACGCCUGGCAGCAGCUCCCCCGCCACGCCUGGCAGCAGCUCCCCCGCCACGCCAGGCAGCAGCUCCCCGCCACGCCAGGCAGCAGCUCCCCGCCACGCCUGGCAGCAGCUCCCCCGCCACGCCAGGCAGCAGCUCCCCGCCACGCCUGGCAGCAGCUCCCCCGCCACGCCAGGCAGCAGCUCCCCGCCACGCCUGGCAGCAGCUCCCCCGCCACGCCUGGCAGCAGCUCCCCCGCCACGCCAGGCAGCAGCUCCCCGCCACGCCGGGCAGCAGCUCCCCCGCCACGCCUGACAGCAGCUCCCCCGCCACGCCUGACAGCAGCUCCCCACCACGCCUGGCAGCAGCUCCCCCGCCACGCCUGGCAGCAGCUCCCCCGCCACGCCAGGCAGCAGCUCCCCCGCCACGCCUGACAGCAGCUCCUCGUUACGCCUGGCAGCAGCUCCCCACCACGCCUGGCAGCAGCUCCCCCGCCACGCCAGGCAGCAGCUCCCCCGCCACGCCGGGCAGCAGCUCCCCGCCACGCCUGGCAGCAGCUCCCCCGCCACGCCUGGCAGCAGCUCCCCGCCACGCCUGGCAGCAGCUCCCCGCCACGCCGGGCAGCAGCUCCCCGCCACGCCUGGCAGCAGCUCCCCCGCCACGCCUGGCAGCAGCUCCCCGCCACGCCGGGCAGCAGCUCCCCGCCACGCCUGGCAGCAGCUCCCCCGCCACGCCUGGCAGCAGCUCCCCGCCACGCCUGGCAGCAGCUCCCCCGCCACGCCGGGCAGCAGCUCCCCGCCACGCCUGGCAGCAGCUCCCCCGCCACGCCGGGCAGCAGCUCCCCGCCACGCCUGGCAGCAGCUCCCCCGCCACGCCAGGCAGCAGCUCCCCGCCACGCCGGGCAGCAGCUCCCCCGCCACGCCAGGCAGCAGCUCCCCGCCACGCCAGGCAGCAGCUCCCCGCCACGCCAGGCAGCAGCUCCCCGCCACGCCAGGCAGCAGCUCCCCGCCACGCCAGGCAGCAGCUCCCCCGCCACGCCAGGCAGCAGCUCCCCGCCACGCCAGGCAGCAGCUCCCCGCCACGCCAGGCAGCAGCUCCCCGUUACGCCAGGCAGCAGCUCCCCGCCACGCCAGGCAGCAGCUCCCCGCCACGCCAGGCAGCAGCUCCCCGCCACGCCUGGCAGCAGCUCCCCGUUACGCCAGGCAGCAGCUCCCCGCCACGCCAGGCAGCAGCUCCCCGCCACGCCAGGCAGCAGCUCCCCGCCACGCCAGGCAGCAGCUCCCCGCCACGCCAGGCAGCAGCUCCCCGCCACGCCAGGCAGCAGCUCUCCGCCACGCCUGGCAGCAGCUCUCCGCCACGCCUAGCAGCAGCUCCCCGCCACGCCAGGCAGCAGCUCCCCGCCACGCCUGGCAGCAGCUCCCCGCCACGCCAGGCAGCAGCUCCCCGCCACGCCAGGCAGCAGCUCUCCGCCACGCCAGGCAGCAGCUCCCCGCCACGCCAGGCAGCAGCUCCCCGCCACGCCAGGCAGCAGCUCCCCGCCACGCCAGGCAGCAGCUCUCCGCCACGCCUGGCAGCAGCUCUCCGCCACGCCUGGCAGCAGCUCCCCGCCACGCCAGGCAGCAGCUCCCCGCCACGCCUGGCAGCAGCUCCCCGCCACGCCAGGCAGCAGCUCCCCGCCACGCCUGGCAGCAGCUCCCCGCCACGCCAGGCAGCAGCUCCCCGCCACGCCUGGCAACAGCUCCCCGCCACCCCUGACAGCAGCUCCCCGCCACGCCUGGCAGCAGCUCCCCGCCACGCCUGGCAGCAGCUCCCCGCUACGCCUGACAGCAGCUCCCCGCCACGCCAGGCAGCAGCUCCCCGCCACGCCAGGCAGCAGCUCUCCGCCACGCCUGGCAGCAGCUCCCCGCCACGCCAGGCAGCAGCUCCCCGCCACGCCUGGCAGCAGCUCCCCGCCACGCCUGGCAGCAGCUCCCCGCCACGCCAGGCAGCAGCUCCCCGCCACGCCUGGCAGCAGCUCCCCGCCACGCCUGGCAGCAGCUCCCCACCACGCCUGGCAGCAGCUCCCCACCACGCCUGGCAGCAGCUCCCCGCCACGCCUGGCAGCAGCUCCCCGCCACGCCUGGCAGCAGCUCCCCGCCACGCCUGGCAGCAGCUCCCCGCCACGCCUGGCAGCAGCUCCCCGCCACGCCAGGCAGCAGCUCCCCGCCACGCCUGA